AUGGAGCACGAUGAUCGCAAAACCCGGAUCCGAAUCGAGGAAGAGGGCAUCCAUCGCCUCGCUGAACUCGAUUACCAUUUACUUUCGGUUGACGACUUGCAACAUCGAUUCUCAACGUCCGCAAAAGGUCUUCAAAACGAACAAAUUCCCCAACUCAUCUCAAAAUACGGUAAAACCAGCCAUCUCCUCCACCAUCAAGACUAUUCAAAGCAAUUAUGGGUUACGUUCUCGGAGGAUUCGGCAGUAUCCUUCUUGGAGGUGGCUGCUUUCAAUGGCUGGCAAGAUUGGUCGUCUUCUCAGGUUAGGGUGUCUAAUACAACCACGCUACCAGACCAAUGUAUCGCAAUUGGCAACGGGAAUCGGAAUUCACUGAGUGCGGCCGAUCUUGUUCCGGGAGACAUUAUCCAAGUUAAAAAGGGAAACAAACUACCUGCUGACGUGCGUUUUAUUCAAGUCUCUGCUGAUGCUAAGUUUGAUCGAUCUAUUCUGUCUGGCGAGUCUGAACCAGUGCCUGGAACCGUAGACUCUACGAACAACAACUUCCUCGAGACAAAUAACAUUGGUCUACAAGGUACCUACUGUGUCUCUGGUGCUGCUCUGGGCCUUGUUGUGGGGACUGGGGAUCAGACGGAAAUCUUACGGUUCGUUCUCAUCAUCGUUGGCUUUGUUGUUGCCUUUGUGCUUAUUAUCGUGAUUGUCUGGGCUGUUUACCUGCACAAAAACCACCCCGAUUUCAUCAACGUCCCAACGCUUAUCGUCAGCUGUGUCAGUGUUGGAAUUGCCUUUAUUCCCGAGGGUCUUCCUAUUGCCAUUUCUCUGGGCCUCCAUAUCGCUGCUGGUAUUAUGAAGAAGAACAAGAUUCUCUGCAAGUCUCUGACCACUGUUGAGACUCUUGGAGCUGUGUCGGUGAUCUGUUCUGACAAGACAGGUACACUCACCAAGAACGAGAUGUAUGUCACUGACUGCUUCUCUGGUGGCGAAGAAUAUCCCUCCGAGCAGGAAAGUGAGCGCAUGAUACACGGAAGGAACCCUGGCGAGCUUCCAAACAAGUCCAUCAGUCUCAUCUGCACAGUUGGGGGUCUUUGCAAUGCCGCCGUAUUCGACACUACAACACUUGGCCGCCCGAUACACGCUGUUAAGAUCUUCGGCGACCCUACUGAUCAGGCCAUUCUCCGGCUUGCUCAGACUCUCGGGCCCGUCCAGAGCUUCAUUCUCAGUGGAAGAAGUUGUUUGAGAUACCUUUCAACAGCAAGCACAAGUACAUGGCCCGUGUUUCACAUCUACCAACCAACAAGAAGCGGGAACUGGCAGUCUGUAAUGCUAUUCCUAAGUGACCGCGACACAAUCGAAAAUAUCAGGGAUCGUUUGUCAGCUCAGGGCAAGCGCGUCAUUCUCCUAGCUCAGAACUCAAUUCCGAGCGCCUGGACUAAUCAGGCUUUGGAUGAGAGAGUCGUUCUUCAGGCGACCACGGACAGUCUUACCUUUGUCGGGCUUGUCGCUCUCGUCGACCCUCCGCAAAUAGGCUGUAGAUACUGGCUAAUCCUCUUAGGUCACCGGAGACUACAGCUCACUGCUCAGGCAAUCGCAGUGCAGUGCGGUAUCAUCAGAACACCCCCCGAGUUGAUCCAUGACAUCAAAUUGCUGGAUCACUAUAACUCGGCCGCUGUACGCACAUUUGACGCCAUUGUGGUGAGCGGGCCUGGGUUGGCUGUUCUCCUAAACGAGGACUGGGAUAAGCUGUGCACUUAUGACGAAAUUGUCUCCGCCCGAACGAGCCCUGAACAGAAGCUUUGCAUUGUAAAAGAGUUCCAGGCUAGAAACAACAAUGUUGCAAUGACGGGGGAUGGCGUCAAUGAUGCCCCUUCUCUGAAAGCAGCGGACGUGGGAGUUGCUCUCGGGAGUGGCUCUGAUAUUGCCAUUGAGGCCGCCGAUAUUGUUCUUCUCGACUCCUUCGCUGCCAUUGUCGAGGCUGUAAAAUAUGGAAGACUCGUCUACGGUAAUGUUUCUAGUAUCCUGACAGAGUCUUCAUACUGA